CAUCCCAACAGUUGUAAGAGAUGUCGGCAUAAUUCUCGGGGGACCCGCACUCCAAACGCAUCAAAUCCCCUCGCUUGCUUCUCAUUCUUCCUUGUUCUCUUACACCUCGUCCCCAUUUCCACUCUGCUCGUCGGAGCUCGCUGCAAAACUGUGCAGACGAAGUGAAAUGCUAUGAUUCUUUGAGCUUUUUCGGGAUAGUGAAUAGUGCCACUCCAAUAAUGUCUAUGGACUCCAGAACUCAUCUUGACUAUGUCUUGUUUCAGCUCACUCCUACGAGAACCAGGUGUGAUCUGGUGAUUUACGCUGGUAAGGCGAAUGAGAAGUUGGCAUCGGGAUUACUUGAACCGUUCCUUUCGCAUCUUAAAUCCGCUAAAGAUCAGAUAUCUAAAGGUGGCUACUCCAUCACUCUGAGAUCAGAUGCUUCCUGGUUCACUAAAGCCACUUUGGAGAGAUUUGUAAGUUUUGUUAGGACGCCUGAAGUUCUAGAGAGAUUUGUCACAUUAGAGAGGGAGAUUUCCCAGAUACAAGAAUCAAUCCUAUCCAAUGAAGCUCAGAACAUCGAUAUGGCAAUGGAAGGAAAUGCGUCAGUUUCUGAGGGAAACUUCACAAAGUCAUCUGUGUCCUAUAAGUCCAGAGCAAAAUAUGAUGGAGCUGAUGAUGCCGUCACUGCCUCGGAAGAAAAUUCCAAGGUCCAUCUCCAGCGGGUUCUGGAGACUCGAAAGGCAGUGCUUCGGAAGGAGCAAGCAAUGGCUUAUGCUCGUGCUCUGGUUGCUGGGUUUGAAUUGGAGAAUAUAGAUAAUCUCAUAUAUUUUGCUGAGGCCUUUGGAGCUUUGCGUUUGAGGGAGGCAUGCAUAAAUUUCAUGAAUUUAUGCAAGGAAAAGAAUGAAGAUAGGCUUUGGAUGGAUGAGAUAGCAGCAAUGCAGGCACUGUCCAGGCCAGAUUUGCCUUACAUAGCAACUUCUGGAAUCAUCCUUGCCAAUGAGGAGAACGGCUCUGGUAGCAUUCAGGAUGGUGGUCCAUCAAGUGGGAAAACCAACGGCUACACAGAUUUCAAUGUUACAGAGUCGAGUGCAGAUACUAGGUUGCCGACACCAGCACCAAUGUCAUUCCCGGAUGGAAAGGGGCAAGUUCCGAUGCCAUGGCACAAUCACAUUUCACAGUAUAUGCAAAAUUUUCAAGGUCCUUUCUUCCCACAGAUGCACCCGUUUCCCAGUUACCUCUACCCUGGAAUGCAGGUUCCCCCUUCAUACUACCAGGGGAAUAAAAGCUGGCCUCCGAAUGAAGACCCCAGUAAUUUUUCUGUUAAAGAUGAUGACCGGGCUCAUAAGUCAUCGUCAAGAAAUAAAAAGAAACAUUCACAUGAAAAUUUAUCUGAAGGUGAAUCCAGCGAAGCCAGUGACACUGGCAGUGAGAGGGAAUUGGAUGGACAUCACAGUGGCAAAAGGUACCCUUCGACAGAUCAGCUGCCAAGGAAAGGACAUGGAAAGAAGUCUUCAAAGAAAGUCGUUAUUCGCAACAUUAACUACAUUACUUCCGAGAGAGAAGGUAGAAGGAGUGACAUUUCUGAAACAAGUUCAUCUAACGAGGAUGAUUUUGUUAGCGAGGAGUCCCUCAGGCAGCAGGUGGAAAAGGCCAUUGGAUCAUUGCAUGGAAGAAACAGUUCAGCAUCACGUCGUCACAAGAAACGAGAUACAAUGCACCACCUCGACAUGAAUGAACUAAAUGAUGCAGCUGAUGGAAAGAAUAAGAGCGAAGAGGCAAAUAACUCUGAGGGAGAGAGAAGAUACGAGGGCUGGGGUGCUUUUCAGAACAUCCUGAUGGAGAGCAGGGAACCUGCCGUCCCAGGUUUGGAAACACAAGCUGCACGGAUUCCUGAGGAAGACCUAGCAAGUAAGAAAUCUUUGAAGGGGACAUCAUUUGCAUAUGAACUGGAAUCAGGAAGCACAAGACGACAGCCUGUUGCUGCUGAUUCCUUUGUGAUUACUGAGAAGGAUUGGGUAGCUGAGGGUACAACUCGCUUUGAGGAGUUUGAAGCUGGUGACAGUGUCCGGCCAGUUAUGAGUACAAGGGACAUCCCAUAUGAGGAUUUAAUAUAUGCGGAGAAGACUGAAGAGUCGGGGGCUUCUUUCAAUCAAUCACUACCAGAGUCAUCUGCUGUAUCCUCUAUCAAGAAAAUUCAUGAGGAAGGAGAUUGGUUAAUUGGCAAUCGACAAAAUGAAGCGAUAAAUCAGCAAGAUAGAAUGGACCUCAAAAUGGUUGAAGUUGAUUCUGCUUCAUCAUUUGGUGCAGAGCUUUUGCACACUGAGAUUAAGAAGAGGGAUGUCCUAAUUGAUGACUCUUUCAUGAUUGAAGGUCGGCCAAUGGUCAAUGAUCCAUCUGAGCAUAGGCUGAUGAUGGAUAUAAACAUGGUUCCUGACACUAUAAACGCCAAGAACAGCAGACCUGAAAUUUCACAGGAGACUCCCUGUGAACCAGAUGACCUUUUUAUGGUUCUCAAUCAGGAUUCUGUUGCAGAGCAGGCUGGAGCAUUGUGGACACCAGAACUGGAUUAUGGAAAUCACAGCUCAUUGGCAAAGAUCAUCCAAAAGCACACCGGGAAUGAGUUGAAUGAUUCUGCUGAAAAUGAACCGUCAUCAAACUUUACAAAGAAUAAAAAUGCAGAAGCAAGGUCUAGGCCUAUAAAUGGUUCUCUCGUGAGGAAUAAGCUUGAUACGUUGCCAAAGGGUCGGCCAACUCCUGGAACCAGGACAGCUGCUUCGAGGAGCAAAGCUGAGAAGGAAGAAGAAAGUAAGAAGAGAAAGGAGGAGUUGCUUGCUCAGCGUCAGAAGAGAAUUGCUGAGAGAAGUGCCAACCGUGGAUCUAAACCAAUUGCUCCUAAGAAGAGUUCGACUGAGACUAAAGCAACCACCCCACCUACCCAGCCAAGUAAGAUCCGAAGUCAAUCUACUCGGUCCCAAUCUCAGGAGACUCCAAAGUCGAAUAAGCCAGUCCUCAGGAAUUCCACCAUCGAGCGUCUUGCAGCUGCUCGAGCAACUCAAGAGGUUCAAACUGUGAAUUCAAAAUCAAGUCAACCCAUCAAAGCCUCCUCGAAGAUCAAUAAGUCAACUCCAGCUACCUUGCCAAAGAAGCCCCUUCCUCCUGAAACUAAGAAAGCAGGUCUGAAGAAACCUGAACAUUUAAACAAGAAAAAUACUUUGAACAGUUCAAACGGACAACUUCUGCCCAAUUCCAACACCCAACAAAAAAAGGAAACUGCAGAAGCCAGAAUGGGGUCAUUGGAGUUAGCGGCAGCAGAAACGGCUCAACCUGCUCCAGCUGAUGAUGGUUUUAAGGACAUUCAGGUCGAAAACAGCAGAGAAAAAUCAGUUUCUCCUAAAGACAGAUUGGAUGAUAGAAAUGACAAUGGGAAUGUGGAGAGUAAUAACCUGUCAGUGCCUACUGAGCCGGACUCUGCAAAACCAAGUCAUUUCAAAAGUGAUUAUGAGAAUGCGGAGAGCAAUAACCUGUCAGUGCCUACUGAGCCGGACUCUGCAAAACCAAGUCAUUUCAAAAGUGAUUAUGAGAAUGCGGAGAGCAAUAACCUGUCAGUGCCUACUGUGGCGGACUCUGCAAAACCAAGUCAUUUCAAAACUGAUAAUGGGAGUUCAUAUGUAUCAUCUCCAGUUCCUGGCGAUGACAUAACUGUACCUGAAGUGACUCUCCAACCGGUUCAGUCUCCGUCUAUCGCGAGAUCAUUGGAAAACUUUACUAUCUACACUGGCUCUGAAGCUGAUAAUUCCAGAGUGUCCGAAAAGACUCCAGUUUCUCACACCCCUCGGGUACAUUUCGCAACCACUCCACGCAUUAAUGAGAUCACCCCCGAGCCAGUACACUCGAGGAAGAAAUGGGAUAAUGAUGAGCACUCUCCUAAAGCUGCCAAAGGGUUCAGAAAGCUUCUAUUCUUCGGAAGAAAAAAAGCUUGAACUACCCAAUUCCUUAUGCGCACGGUCAAGCUUACACAUUAAGUACAGCAAUUCAAGGUACAUGACAAGUCAUAUUGGAUUGUAAAUUCUUGUGUGAUCAUUUUUAGUUAUUGCAGAGUGGUGAUUUUGGGAUUCAAAGUUAGAUAGUUCGCAUGCAUAAUAAGGAUUUGGUUGCUGGUCAGUUGCUGCGGAGACGAGGAUCGCUCAUUGUAAUUUAUUUCGUGUCCUCUUGCAGCGAGACAUGUGAGUGGCUUCUUUGCACACGGUGGUAUACAGUAAAAAGUAUAUUGUCUUGUUUGUGAGUUGUGUUCUGAAACGGGAUAACAGAAAAGAAGAAAAAAGUUUGUAUUCAUUCUUUCAUGACGUAAUUAUUAAGUGGUGAAAUGCAUUCUGGGUUCUCUUUCCAGUAAA